GCCCGCAGCACAGCCAGUCACCCGCAGGCCUGAGCCGUGGUUUCUCACACGGCGAAACUAGCGAACGCAGCGAGCGAGCAGCAGUGAUCGAGGCGUGGCUGAACCGUGUGUGAGUGUGUGAAACGGUUGUGUGAUACGCAGCGGCGAAAUCACGCAGUGAAAUCACGCAGUGGAUGCCACACAUUGGAGUGCAAACAGAGAUGUUAACCAGGUAGCUGAGUAACCACCGGACCACCAAAAAAGGAAGAAAUGGAAUACGAAGCGGGUGACCUGGUGUGGUUUGACCCCGGAGUCGGCUACGUCCUCCCCGGCGAGGUCAUGGAGUACCACCGGCUCGGUCAGGUCGUCACCGUGCAGGCGGUCGUCAACGGAGAGCCUCAGCUUUACACACUGACAAACCUGGCCAACCUGAGGAAGAGGCAAGACCUCGGGCAAAAUGGCGUCGACGACAUGAUCUUGAUCGGGGACCUCAACGAAGCCUCAAUUCUCUGGAAUUUGAAGCUCCGCUACGACAAAGAGCUCAUAUACACAUACACGGGCAGCAUCCUGGUCUCCGUCAACCCGUACCGCAUGUUCGACAUCUACGGGCUCGACAUGGUGAAGCGGUACGAGGCGCAGCUGCUCGGGUCACUGCCACCGCACAUAUUCGCCAUCGCGUCAUCAGCCUAUAGCCGGAUGACCAAGGAGCGAGAACAACAAACCGUGAUCAUCAGCGGCGAAAGCGGCGCGGGUAAAACCGAGGCCACCAAGCUCAUCAUGCAGUACCUGGCUGCCGUGAACAAGUCGCCAUCUAACCUCAUCACUGAACAGAUCCUGGAGGCCACGCCGCUGCUGGAGAGUUUCGGCAACGCCAAGACUAUGCGGAACGAUAACUCGUCACGGUUCGGGAAGUACCUGGAGGUGUACUUCAAAGAUGGCAUCAUCACCGGUGCUCGUACCACCGAGUACCUCCUGGAAAAGUCCCGAAUCGUCACCCAUGCUCAGGACGAGCGCAACUAUCAUGUCUUCUACGAAAUGCUGGCCGGUCUCAGUGAACAGGAUCGCAAGAAAUACGGCCUGCUCAGUGCCGAGCAGUACUUUUACCUGAACCAGGCAGGACAGAGCACGGGUGGAAGUGUUGAGAUUGACGGCAAGUACGACAAGGAAGACUUCCAGGCCCUACUCUCCGCCAUGCAGGUCCUCGGCUUCACAUCUGAGGAGAACGACACCAUCUUCAAGAUACUUGCAUCGGUGCUUCAUCUGGGCAACAUCUACUUCCACCGCGCCCAGCUGAAGCACGGUCAGGAGGGCGUGGAGAUCGGCUCAGACGCCGAGGUGCGCUGGCUCGGACACCUGCUGGGAAUCGAGACCGACUGGGUGCGGCGAGCGCUCAUGACCAAAACCACGGAGGCUCGCAACGAGCGAGUCGUCACCCCUCUGAACAUCGACCAAGCGCUGGACGCGCGGGACGCCAUCUCCAAGGUUCUCUACAGCAGUCUCUUCAGCUGGCUGGUGCGCAGGAUCAACCAGAUCGUCUUCAAGGGCGCCAGGAAGAUGAGCAUCAGCAUCCUGGACAUCUUCGGCUUUGAGGACUUCAAGGAGAACAGUCUGGAGCAGCUGUGCAUCAACUACGCCAAUGAGACGCUGCAGUUCCACUUCAGCAAGCACGUCUUCAAGCUGGAGCAGCAGGAGUACCUCAAGGAGAAAAUCGAAUGGCAGAGCAUAGCAUUCCAGGACAACUGGCCGGUGCUUCACCUCAUCAGCAAGAAGCCGGUGGGGAUCUUUCACUUGCUCGACGAUGAGAGCAACUUCCCCAAGGCGACCGACGCCUCGCUGCUGGAGAAACUGCACUACAACCACGCGCUGGACGAGCUCUACAGCAGGCCUCGCAUGUCGUCGAUGGAGUUCGGCAUCCACCACUAUGCCGGCCAGGUGUGGUACAACGUGGACGGCUUCCUCGACAAGAAUCGCGACAUCCUGAGGAACGACGUACUCGAGCUGCUCAUCAGCAGCGAUGUGCCGAUGAUCUCUGAGAUGUUCAUCGAGCACCGCGCCCAGAGCGAGGCGGUGAAGAGCGGCAGCAAGUCCAACGGCAGGUUCGUCACCAUGAAGCCCAGGACGCCGACCGUGGCGGCCAGGUUCCACGAGAGCCUCCAGCAGCUCCUAGACUCGAUGAGCAAGUGUAACCCGUGGUUCAUCCGCUGCAUCAAGCCCAACUGUGAGAAGGCCCCGAUGAAGUUCGACAUGCCCGUGGUCCUGGAGCAACUCCGCUACACGGGAAUGUUGGAUACAAUCCGGAUCAGGAAGAUGGGGUAUCCGGUGCGGAUGAGGUUCGCGCAGUUCGUGGAGAGAUAUCGCUCUCUCCUGCCAGAGAGAGUGGCGAGAGGAGCACCGGCGAGAGACCUGGCCAGGAUGAUUCUCGAGGGCAGUCCCGAGUGGCAGUCAGAGUACCAGUUGGGUACCUCCAAGGUCUUCCUGCGGGAGAGCUUCGAACAGCAGCUCGAGAGGCGCAGACUGCGGGUCGAGGCCGAGGCAGCCAUCAAAAUCCAGAGAAACGUACGCCGGUACCAGGCCGAGAAGCGGUACCUGCGGACCCAGCAGGCUGCGGUCAAAGUACAGAGCUACUACCGCAUGUACCGGGACAGGAAGAGGUACCGUACCGUCCGCAACGGCAUGGUCAAGGCCCAGGCCAACUUCCGAAUGAAGCGGCAGCAGAAACGAUUCAGCGAGAUGAAGGGUGAGAUGAAGCGUCGCAUGCUAGCCGAACGGGCUGCCAGGGCCCGGGCCAAGACCUCGGGUGAGCGACGGGACAACGAGAGAGGUGUCUCGAGAGCGGUGGCCGGUGUCAACCACCUGGAGAUUCCUGCGGAUCUGGCGUUCAUCUUCAGUCGGCUGGAUG